AAAAAAAAAAAAAAAAAAAGAGCCCUAGGACUUUACUUGGUGGGGACAUCUUUUGUCCUUGAAUUAAUUAAGGCAGCAGAUUUCAGAGAAAGAAACUGCCCUCAGCAGUAUAGUCCAUUCAUACCUGUUAAUGAAGACAAUGUUGACAGUAGGUCAGCAAAUUUGUCCACUUCAAGCCCAUCACUGUCAGUGAAACCAUCUUCACUUGACACUAGCCACAAUUUUUCCUGAGUUGUUAUAUUGAUAAAGGCGGAUGGAGAAAAUGACCCAUGGGUUUCCCUGGUUUUUUUGUGCAGUAUCUUUUCCAAUAUGAGAACAAAUCAGAUUUUUUUUUGUUUUGUUGCACAUAAAAUGCAAAAAGACCUGCAAAAAUAAAGGAAGAGAAUAGGGACAGGAAUGACUGAGAAUAUUUGCAAUUAUCCAAACUAAAGGGAUAAGUGUUUAUUGUUAAGAUAGAAAGGAUAAAGUGAUGUGCACUGAGCAUCACCUUAGUGAUUUAGUCCCUUGGAGUCUAUAACAGGUUUAAUGCAGAGUAGGCAAAGUAGUUCAGCAGCUUUUGGAGAAAAGAGUUGCUGAAAUCAAGCAGUUGUCCUUGCUCUGUUUCUGGCAUUGCACCUCUCAAGAAAGAUCUGUAAAUUUUUAUUUAUCCAACUUUUCUAGGGCAUUCUAAUAGGACAGUUUCUCAAGACUCCAAAGAUAGGCUGGGUUCACUGUAUCCAUCCUAUGCCAGUCAUUAAACUCCAGUACUAGUCAUUGCUGCCAAAUUCAUGACCAAGAUAGUAAAGUGGCUUUACUCAAAGUACUAAACCAGCCACAAUAACUUCUAAAUAGAAAAUAAACAGCAAAAAAACUAGAUAAGGCUUUACUUGUUGAUGCUUGCGGCUUCCAAGAAUUGCAUUGAAGUGCGUGAGAGCUGCAAUCCAGAGACCCUUGUACCACAAUUUAUUCCACCAUUUUUUAAAAUUGGUGAGUCCAUUUUUUUUCUUCUAUUUACCUUUAAAAAUGCUGUCCUAGUAAUAUGCAUCCUUAUAAACUAGUAUUUUUUCCUUUAGUCACAAAUUGGGGCCACUAAGUCAAAGGGCAUUGAAAACGAUGCAUGCUUUAAAUUGUCUUAGAUGUAGACAGAUUACUUGGCAAAAUAGUUUAGUAGUUUACCCUCCUACCAACCACAUAUGAGUGCUGGUUUCCCAGCAUCCUUGCUAAUGGUUGUUCUUUUUAACUCUUGCCAAUCUGAUAGGGAAAAUGCAUUAUUUUAAACAUUUGCAUAUUUGAAUUAAUCAUAUUUACACAUGAACUGUAUCAAACUGUUGGCCAAUUUUAUUGUAAUUAUAUAUUUUUCUUAUUUCUCGAAGGAGACUGAAAUAUUAAUGUUCUGUUAUCUGUGAUGUAAAAUCCAUCUUUCUAGGCUCUCAUUUGAUUCAAGGUGCCCUUUUUGCCAUUCACAAAGUUUAAGUUCGUAUACAGCCAAACAUAUUUUUAUUCCUUAUUAUUUGGGGGUUUCAAAUCUUGCUUAAGAAAGUCCCUUCUAUCCCCAAAGUAUAAAAUAUUCUCCUAAAGUGUAUUUAAUCCGUUUAGUUUAUUCUUUUGUUGAGAUCCUUUAUCUACUAGAACUUUUUUGCUUGCAUGAAGCAUGAGACAGAGGUCAGUGAUUAAGUAAUUUCAACAGCGAGGCAUACAAAGAGCAAAAACAAAAACUGAACAGGAGCGAAGGAGCGGCGAAGGCUCAAUUCCGCUUCAGGUGUUUAUACAAGCACGCUGCAGGUCAGAGCUAAAGACCGUUUCCAGUGCAGGUCAAAGCAAUCGGAGGAUGAGAACGACUUGUAAGCAGCAAGCCUAGUAUUUUAUGUUUCCGCUCCCUACUGUCUUCGGGGUGACAAGAUGGGUUCUUAUCUAGGAACGGUGAAUGAGAUUCCUCUCCCUGCUUUCAGUGCUGGAGUAUCUACCCAAUGAGAAAGUCGCCUACUGAGGGCAAUCAAAACCGUCCAAACCGUCGUAAGAAAAGCCCUCAUAGAACUGCGUAACAGCAGUAAACCCGUAAAAGCGACUAUACUGCGCAUGCGCGCUCUCCGGGUGUUGGAAACGAGGAUAGGCGUGGCUUACCACGUCGAGACGUCCAGCCGGUGGCGCACGCGCAGACUCGGUUCCUGCGCACUGUGCGCAUCUCUAGGUCGGCGCGGGGCGCAGUGGCCGCUGGGAAGAUGGCGGGGGUGGGUUUGGCGGCUGCGGCUUCUUGGGUACCUUGUCGCAGGCGGGGAUGGGCGGUCGUCUCUUUCGGCUUCCACCGUGGUCUCAGCGCGUUGCUUGCACGGAAGCCGGAGCGCGCGCCAUGGUGGCUCGCAGGUUACUUGUAAAGAAGCUGCUCAUUGAACCCAUCUCAGCAGAUAAAGAAUCAUGAAUGCUUCGCUAUUACCAUGGCCCAUGAUUUUAUGGGUGGAGAGGGAAUCCGUAAUAACAGGGACACAGCGUGUCUGCCUUUGAAACAGUUGCUCAAGGGCAGACCAAACUUGUUUCUCAGCCUCCCCACCAAAACAAAGAGGAUGUGAAACUCCUAAAUAUAUAAAAAAAAAAGAAGAGGAUGAAGAAGGCAGAAAUCUCACCAGAGAGGACUAAAACUAGAUGAAUCUGAAUGUUGAUUGAUAACUGUAUUGGACAGAGGAUGUAACAGCAACAGGGAAACAUUUUUGACAAGUCUCUCUGUCUUCUGUUGCCUUGAAAUUUCCUCAUCAUUGUGUAUUUUGGAAGAAUCAAGAUUGGACCUUGCUCAAAGAAGGCACGGGUGGAUUUUCGAUUUUAAAGAUAUCAUGCACAGACUUGUGACUUUAAUACCUCAAAUCUGUAUUUGUUUUUUCUCUAUUAAAUGGAAAUAAUAUUUGAUAUCAACUUGAUGAGCUCAGAAAGUUAAUAUUGAAAAUAUGUGUGGUUUUCCAAAAGCUGUAUUUGAAAACUAUAGUUUAUGUUUUGUGCACUUUGUUUAGCUUGCAGGCAAAAGACAUCAGUCUCUUUCCUUAGUCGACCAGAUCUUCCAAACCUGGCUUAUAAGAAGCUAAAAGGCAAAAGUCCAGGAAUUAUCUUCAUUCCUGGCUAUAUUUCUACUAUGAAUGGUACAAAAGCAUUGGCAAUCGAGGAUUUUUGCAAAUCUCUGGGUCAUGCCUAUAUAAGGUUCGAUUACUCAGGAAUUGGAAAUUCAGAUGGUAACUUAAAAGAAUGCACAGUGGGAAAAUGGAGAAAAGAUGUUCUUUCUGUAAUUGAUGAAUUGGCUGAAGGACCACAGAUACUGGUUGGAUCUAGCCUGGGUGGAUGGCUAAUGCUUCAUGCAGCAAUCGCGCGACCACAAAAGGUUGUAGCUCUUGUUGGCAUAGCCACAGCUGUAGAUGGCCUAGUGACACAGUUUAAUCAGCUUCCUGUUGAGACAAAAAAGGAUAUAGAGAUGAAAGGUGUGUGGGCCAUGCCAUCAAAAUAUAGUGAAGAAGGAGUUUAUCGCAUUCAGUACAGUGUCAUUAAAGAAGCUGAGCACCACUGCUUGUUACAUAGUCCCAUUCCUGUGAACUGCCCUAUAAGAUUGCUCCACGGCAUGAAGGAUGACGUUAUUCCCUGGCAUACGUCUGUGCAAGUUGCUGACCGAGUAGUCAGCAAAGAUGUAGAUGUCAUCCUCCGAAAAGACAGCGACCACCGAAUGAAGGAAAAAGCGGACCUUCAACUUCUGGUUUACACUAUUGAUGACUUAAUUGAUAAGCUUUCAACUGUAAUUAACUAGAAUCACAGUUUUAGUUGGUUUGUAAACUCAUGGAUCCAGAAGGUAGAAGAGAUGAACGGCCUUGAUAAGUAGGUUUUUCUUAUCUCUAUUUUGUAAAUAUCAUGUAUUUAUUCAGUGAUGUAUUUGCACAAGUGAUACAGAUCGUGAAGAAAGCAUCAGCUGCUGUUUAAAAAAAUUCUCUCCUGCCUUCAACCCUUGAUUUUUUUUUGUUAAAAUAUUUCCUAUUUUUUUAUUCAAGAGAUGCUUACUUUAUAAUGCUUAUGUUAACUGUGCCAGCUCCUAAUUGUGCUUUCUUCUAUUUAGAAUUGCUAAUAAAGCUUGAUUUUUUGUUUUUGUUUGGUAUCAUUGUAUAUAGAGAUUUGUUAAAUUCUGAUUUUAAAAUGUAGUUCACAAAAUAUAGGAACAUGUUUAUUGACAUAAAUCUGAAAUGAUUAGAGAAAUAUCUGAAGCAUAAAGUUCGAAAAAGCUAUUACUUUAAUAUCUUAUACUCUGCAUGUUAUAUUUGAAUUUAAAAUCAAGGUUAUUUUAACUGCUCAAAACUUUACAGAUCUAUGAAGGGAGAUGUAUCAUUUUUAAAUUGUGGCUUAUAUAUCGUACAGUUAAAUAGGGGAAUUUCAUCUUAGGCAAUGAUAUGGUAUUUUCAUAUUCUGAUUUCAUAUUCCAAAGAGGAAAUUAAUCUUUGCAUUUGUCACCUACCUGUGGAAACAUGCCUUUUUUAUUAAUAUGUACUUGAGUGCAAAUAGCCAAGUGAUUGCCAUCUAACUCAGAAGACUUUCUAAAAUGUAUAGAUAGUCAGGAAAUAGGAAAGGGAAAUAUAAAGGUUUUUUAAAUAACUAAAA